CUACUCGGUCACCGUCUCGUGGAGGAAAAGGGAGAGGAGGGGAGAGAAGGCAGCAUCUCUCUCGCUCUCUCUUUUUUUUGUUACCUUGUGGGAGGGGGCGAAGGAAGGCGCGGGGGAAUCUGGCGCUUGCAAGAGGUCGAGCAAAGGCACCGACCGAGGGAUCUCCGGGCGUCGUGCCGCCGUCCCCGCUUUGUGUUGGCCCGCCGCGCCACGGAGAGAGCUCGUCUCUAACCAGCCAGGAUGAUCGCCGCUCAGCUGCUGGCCUAUUACUUCACAGAAUUAAAGGAUGAUCAGGUCAAAAAGAUUGAUAAAUACCUGUAUUCCAUGCGACUCUCUGAUGAGACUCUGUUGGAUAUUAUGACUCGCUUCAGGCAGGAGAUGCAGAAUGGGCUUUCCAGAGACUUUAAUCCAACAGCCACGGUCAAGAUGCUGCCUACAUUUGUGAGGUCUAUUCCUGAUGGCUCAGAGAAAGGGGAUUUCAUUGCAUUGGAUCUUGGUGGAUCUUACUUUCGCAUUUUGCGAGUGAAAGUCUCUCAUGAGAAAAGGCAAACGGUGCAAAUGGAGACAGAGAUUUAUGACACUCCAGAAGAUUACAUGCAUGGCAGUGGAACACGGCUUUUUGACCAUGUUGCUGAAUGUUUAGGAGAUUUCAUGGAAAAACGAGAAAUCAAGGACAAGAAGUUACCUGUUGGCUUCACAUUUUCUUUCCCGUGUCGACAAUCCAAGCUAGACGAGGGUUACCUGAUAACGUGGACGAAACGCUUCAAAGCAAGUGGCGUGGAGGGAGCUGACGUGGUACAGUUGCUCAACAAAGCAAUCAGGAAACGUGGGGAAUUUGACUUAGAUAUUGUGGCUGUGGUGAAUGAUACGGUUGGGACAAUGAUGACUUGUGCCUAUGAAGAUCCAAAUUGUGAAAUUGGACUUAUUGUGGGAACUGGGAGCAAUGCGUGCUAUAUGGAGGAAAUGAGAAACAUCGAGAUGGUAGAAGGAGACCAAGGAAGGAUGUGUGUAAACAUGGAGUGGGGUGCCUUUGGGGACAACGGAUGCCUAGAUGACAUUAGGACGAUCUAUGACAAAGCUGUUGAUGACUUCUCAUUAAACAGUGGCAAGCAAAGGUAUGAGAAGAUGAUCAGUGGAAUGUACUUGGGGGAAAUUGUCCGCAACAUUUUGAUUGACUUCACAAAAAGAGGAUUCCUCUUCAGAGGUCAGAUUUCAGAAGCGCUAAAAACUAGGAGCAUUUUUGAAACCAAGUUCCUUUCCCAGAUUGAGAGCGACAGGUUAGCACUACUUCAGGUUCGCACAAUCCUCCAACAGCUAGGUCUGGACAGCACCUGCGACGACAGUAUCAUUGUCAAGACAGUGUGUGGGGCAGUGUCGCGAAGGGCUGCCCAGCUGUGUGGAGCUGGAAUGGCAGCCGUGGUAGACAAAAUAAGAGAGAAUCGAGGAUUAGAGCAUCUGGAUAUCACAGUGGGGGUAGAUGGUACGCUGUAUAAACUUCAUCCACACUUUUCAAAGGUCAUGCAUCAAACUGUGAAGGAUCUGGCUCCCAAAUGCGACGUGACAUUCCUUCUUUCGGAAGACGGCAGCGGCAAAGGGGCUGCCCUCAUCACCGCGGUGGGAUGCAGGCUCCGUGAUGCCGAGCAUAACUGAACUCUGCAGCACUGGCUAAUUCUGCCUUCCUGAGCACUUUCUUGUAAAGCAGCGGUUCUGUAGUCUGAACUGGUGGGGGAAGGGACCCAGAAUCUCCUGCUUUAUGAAGAGUUGAAAAUAAAAUAGGAUACUGGAUAGAGUGUGCUGUUGUUGAUAA